UGGUCACACUUUGCGAAUUGUUGCUCUCAAAUUUUGCAAAACUAUUUCGUCUCUCUGGCCGGCUUUAAACAAAAACAGCUAAUAAUUGUUUUAAUUUCAGUAUAACUUGAUAGACCCACGUCCAAAAUGGUGCUAUGCAGGUUCUUCCAGCAGGGCUCCUGCCGGUACGGCACCAAAUGCAACAACGAGCACUUCGAUGUCAAGGUAUAUCUUAAGGCCGACAUGGAGUCCGCCAUCAAUGGCAAAAUGUGGCCCUUUUCCGCCUACGGCCCGUUCAAGGAUAAGGCCAACUUCCCCAACUUCAUUGAAGAUCAGUCAUUCGACGAAGUACGCUUUAUGUGCUACGAGGCCAAGCGGCAGAACACCUUCGAGCAGUUCCACCAGCAGUUCAACCGGGAGGUCCAGGAGGCCACCAACAAAAUGAAGGCCAUGCUACAGUUGUCUCCCCAGAUUUUGGACACGAUGAUUAAGAUCUACGAGUCGGCGGAGGGUGCCAGUGUCACGUCUGCUCCGCAGCAGUCCAAUAAUCUAUUCGCUACAGCCGGUGCUGCUCCCAAUGCUUCGGCAUCCUUAUUCGGCAAGCCCACAUUGACCACGGGAAACAUUUUUGGAGCCGCCACUGGCCAAGUGAACAACGCUAGUAGCAUUUUCGGCGGCUCUAUGGCGACUGGCAACACUGGCACCAGCAUUUUUGGGGGUCCAGCGGCUGCGGCACCAGCACCAAAUGUUUUUGGACAGCCACAGCAGCAACAGCCGCCCCAGGCUGCGACUCAAGCAUUUCAAGGAGGUAACAUCUUUGCACAGGCAGCAGCUCAGGCUCAGGUCCAGCCGGUGAAUCCCAAUCCUUUUGGUAGCUAUCCGGCUGCCGGGGGACUCUUUGCUCAAGCAGCUAAUCCCAAUCCAGGAGGAUUAUUUGGCCAGGCAGCUCAGCAGCAGCAGCAGCCACAACAGCCACCCUCUGGAUUAUUUAGCCAGGCAGCUGGAUUCCCAAACCAACAACAGCAGCUCCAGCAGCAACAAUUGCAAAUGCAGCAACAGCAGCAGCAACUGAUGAUGCAGCAGCAACAAAUGCUGCAGCAACAGGAGCAACAUCAACAUCAACAGGCGGCCAAUGCAACUCCAUCCUUGGCUUACAGUAAAAUGGAAGAACUGACUGCCGAUGAAAUAGAAGCUUUUAAGUCAGAUCAAUUCUUGCCAGGCCAUUUGCCCUUUAAGCCACCGCCACGAGAACUCUGUUAAGCCAAAACUG